UGGAUGUCACACGAAGUGGGCCCCACAGACCACAGGCACCUGUUCCGGUGUGCAGGGCUAUUUUCCAUCUAGGGGCAUUUUUGUCAUUUCAAUUGAAGAAAUCUAACAAUGAAGCAAGGGCGUCCGAGGAACUUUUUAAAAGACAUUAAAGUGGGCCCCACUUCUUUAGUACCCGACCGUUAGCCUCUGACAAUGUUUUGCCCGUUGCAGCCUCUAUUCAAAAUUUCAAAAAAAUAAAAAAGAAAAAAAGAAAUCCCUUAUGCUUCCUGUCUGCCGUCCAUUCCUCAUCCAACUAACGGCUCAGAUCUCCCCUUCAAUUCCUUCACCAGAUUCCCCUUCUCUUCCCCUCGCUUUCUCCUCAUUUCCCCCACUCCUUCAGCUGCAACCAAAAUCUCCAUUUCCAUUUCCACAAGAAAAUCCUACCAAUUUUCGGCCAAUUUAUUGCAUUUUCCGGAGAGAUCUUUCGAUUUCCGGCGCUGGAUGAAGUUUCCGCAACUGAGUCUAAGAAAAAAUUGCAGGGUUUUUGCAUUUUCCGCUGACCGGGUAGAUUUCAGCAACUGGGUCUGAGAAAAGAUUUCAAGAUCUCCGCACUUUACCGAGCUUCAGCAACUGGGUCUGAGGAAAAAAUGCAAGAUUUUGCAUAUUUAUGACACAGACUGGGGAGUUUUCGCAACUGCGCAUUUGAAAAAAUUUCAAGAUCUUCGUAUUUUCCAGCAGCAACGAGUUUUGGCAGGUGGGUUCGAGGAAAAUUUGCAAGAUAUUCUCAUUUACGAAGUUUCGGCAACUGGAUGUUUGGAAAAUCGCAAGAUCUUCGCGUUUUGCAGCGGUAGACAGAGUUUCAGCUGUUGGGUUUGAGGAAAUUUGUAUUUUUGGGUGCUGGGUCUGGAGAACAAAUCACCAGGUGAUGUCUUGAUAGACGCCUUUUGGGCUUUUUUCUUCUUGAUUAUUUAGAAUGCCCGUCUCUACCCGGUCGCAGAUCUUUAGUAGCCAAGAUGACCCAAAAACGAACCAUCGAUCACGGUUGAGGUCCGAUCAAGAAGAAUCUCAAAUGGGUCCUUCAGUGCUGCGAAAUCCACACCACGGACUGAAAGAGAAGAUGAAAGCUCUCACCCAACUCUAUGAGCAGCAAAAACAGCAGACUGCCGCUCUCAAGAACCCACCAGCCCAAUUGGAGGACCAACGGUUCUCAACCCACGCGAGCGUUGAUCUUCUUGGGUCUCAAAGAAAGGAAGAGAGAGAAUCGAAAAUGGAUGGAGUGAUGAGAGAGAAUCAUCAACUGCCGAUGAGCACGAGGCCUGUUGUGUUGCCAACUGUUGCUGCAGCAGCCGAAGAUUCGAAGGAGAAUUUGAUGGGUUGCGAUCGAAUUGCUGGAUUUUCUUGCCCGAAGAAGGCAACAGUUUCCACCGUGGCAAGGAAGCUUUCAAUGGGAAGUUUAGCACCGCAAUCUGAAGGGAAGAUCUUUAGAGGGAUGAAAACUGGGGGAGAAUUGGAUGUGAUUGCGGAGAACUCCACCACGGGUAGUCGAAUUCUUGUAUUUGUGAGGCUUAGGCCAAUGUCCAAGAAGGAGAAAGAAGCAGGAUCAAGGUGUUGUGUUCGGAUCGUCAAUAGGCGGGAUGUCUAUCUGACAGAAUUUGCAACUGAGAAUGAUUAUCUGAGGCUAAAAAGGGUCCGAGGACGACAUUUCACCUUCGAUGCUUCGUUUCCGGAUUCAACCACCCAACAAGAAGUUUAUUCUACGACAACAUCGGAUCUUGUUGAAGCUGUUCUGCAGGGAAGGAACGGGACGGUAUUUUGCUAUGGCGCCACAGGAGCUGGGAAGACAUACACAAUGCUUGGGACGGUAGAGAAUCCGGGAGUGAUGGUUUUGGCCAUCAAGGACCUCUUCUCCAAGAUCAGACAGAGGAGCUGUGAUGGGAAUCAUGUGGUCCAUCUGUCCUACCUAGAAGUCUAUAAUGAAACUGUCCGGGAUCUGCUCUCCCCUGGCAGACCUCUUGUUCUCCGAGAAGAUAAACAGGGGAUCGUAGCGGCAGGUCUCACCCAAUAUAGAGCCUAUUCAACUGAUGAAGUAAUGGCUUUACUUCAGCAAGGAAACCUGAACAGAACCACCGAACCCACUCGUGUCAAUGAGACUUCUUCCCGCUCUCAUGCUAUUCUGCAGGUUAUAGCAGAAUACCGAGUGAAAGAUGGUCUGAACAUCAUUAAUCGGGUGGGGAAGCUCUCCCUCAUUGAUUUAGCUGGCUCGGAGAGAGCUCUUGCAACAGAUCAGAGAACACUAAGAUCCCUUGAAGGUGCUAACAUCAACCGCUCCCUCCUCGCACUAAGCAGUUGCAUCAAUGCGCUAGUUGAAGGGAAGAAACACAUCCCGUACCGCAAUUCCAAGCUGACCCAACUGCUCAAAGAUUCCCUUGGAGGAGCAUGCAACACAGUAAUGAUCGCAAACAUCAGCCCGUGUAAUCUCUCCCUCGGCGAGACUCAGAACACGCUUCACUGGGCUGAUCGUGCCAAGGAAAUCCGAACUAAGGCAUGUAUGCCAAAUGAAGAACCCAUGUUGGUACCUGAAUCUGAAACAGGUCAAGCAAAACUGUUGCUUGAAUUACAGAAAGAAAACCACGAUCUGCGAAUGCAGCUGGCACGUCAUCAGCAGAAGCUGCUAGCCAUGCAAGCACAGUCAUUAGCAGUGAAUUCAUCCCCGACUCCCCAAUCAGUUACCUCCCUCUUAUCUCCGCCAUGUUCGACCCAACCGAAUGAGAAACGCCGACCAAAAUCCUCCCUCCUCUCAGGGAACUGCUUCAACACACCGGAAUCCAAGAAAAAGUGUGCCGAAGAGACGAUCAAAGAACUUCGCCAAACAGUGAAGGGAUUGGAAAUAGAGAUGGAGAGAAUGAAGAUUGACCAUGCUUUGCAAAUCAAGCAGAAGGAUGCCUUCAUCCGUGAGCUCUCACGGAACAAUCCAAAACCAUUACAAGAAGCAGUGGCGAGGGUUGUGACAAGAGCGAGCUUGCGGCCGAAAGAACAUACAGAGAGGAUGAGGGCAAAAGGAGGGAAAUCAGCGGUGGAGGGGGAACUGAAGAGCCCAAGUUAUCGGUUUCAGUCGCCGGCGCCGACUGCUAAGAAACGUAGCUUUUGGGAUAUAACCACGGCUAACAGCCCAUCAGUUACGAAUCUUAACUGCAGGAAAACAAGAAAUCAUGUUGCUACUGAUCAAGCUCCUUCAAUGCUUCUUCAGCUUGCAUAUCCAUGUUUCUGGUUUGUGUCAUUGUUUGGGCCUCAUGUCGUCAAUUACAUCCUUCAGCCAGGAUUCGCUCGUCAAAGACCUGACCCUCCAAACCGCUGAAAAAGAGAAACAAAGAAGACACGAGAUGUUGGUUUUUCAUCGACAAUCGCCAUGUUCUCUGCUCGAGCUUGGUGGCAGAAGUAAAAGAUAGUUUGUUUGGCUGAUUUACAUUUCCUGUUUUCCGAGCUGUAUGUCAGCCCAACAAGGCAUCAGAUAUAUUUCUGCUGGUUAUUAUUCUUUGAUAAUUGUACUUCCUGAACUACAUUAGAUCAGAUGUCUAAUGGCAGAUUCUUUUCCAAUUCAAAA